AUGUCAUUCAAGUUUCCAUUGAUUUUGGAUGGUGGGUUAGCAAGUGAAUUGGAACGAUCCUUUGGCAAAGACCUCACUGCUGGUGCAAACGUUGCCACGACUUGCAGCUAUCAAGCAUGCCUUGAGAAUCUCUCGGAUGAGGGCUUUUCGAGAGAUGAGGCCAUCACUCUGCUUAAACGUAGUGUACGACUUGCUCGUCAGGCGCGUGAUGAUUACGCGCAAGAGCAUUCUACACAAGCUUGUUUGGUGGCUCUGUCACUCGGGUGUUAUGGUGCUGUUCUUGCUAAUGGUGCUGAAUACACCGGCACUUAUGGUGAGGUGACGCGGGAACAGCUCGUUUCUUUCCACAAGCAACGACUAGAGAUACUUUUGGAAGAACCGGGCGUGGAUUUCAUUAUAUUCGAAACUAUCCCUUCUUUUCUGGAGAUUCAGGCGAUUCACGAUAUUAUUGCAAAGAUGGAUAAGCUUCCUCCUGUUGCUGUUUCAUUCUCCUGCAAGUCAAAUACCUGUAUUUCUGAUGGCACGCCAUUGCAGCUGUGUUUGGACAAAUUACGUGGUCUCGACAAUUUAUUUGCUGUAGGCGUCAACUGCACAAAGCUUCGUUACAUUGACUCCUUGCUGGAAAUACUACACGGUUAUACCAAAGCUGAAUCCAAAGUCAUUUUACUAUAUCCGGAUGGUGGUGAGGAGUGGAACGCCGAAACGCGAAGCUUCGAAACCGGUCAAAAGGUUUCACCAGAGACAUUUGGUUCAACAAUAGCCGGGUACGUAAAGCGAUAUGGACCAAGAAUCAUUAUUGGAGGAUGUUGUGGUAUUGGUCCCGACCAUAUUAAUAGUAUCUUUGCGCAUCUGAAUCAAUAA